AUGGCCGACGCAGUAACUCUCUACACCUAUUUCCGCUCCUCCUGCUCCGCCCGACUGCGGAUAGCCCUGCAUCUGAAGGAAAUCCCCUUCAAAUCAGUGCACGUGAACCUCCUGAAGGGCGAGCAAUCCACACCAGCUCACUUGGCCAUCAAUCCAUCAGGCACAGUCCCAGCUCUUGUAAUCCAGCGCGAAUCAAAGUCUGUCACCAUCACACAGUCUCUGGCUGCCCUCGAAUACCUCGCAGAAGCAUUCCCAGAGAAGGGACCUGCUCUGCUACCCCCGGCUUCGGACCCAGAGACCCGCGCCAUCGUGCGCACGCUGUCAGACAUUAUCUCAUGCGAUAUCCAGCCUGUCACGAACCUCAGGAUCUUGAAGCGAGUUGGACCUCUGGGUGUGGACCGUGCUGUCUGGUCGAAGGAUUUGAUGGAGGAUGGAUUCAGGGCUUAUGAGGCUCUUGUGAAGGGGACUGCGGGGAAGUUUAGCGUCGGGGAUUCUAUUACAAUUGCGGAUAUCUGCUUGAUUCCUGCUGCGUGGGGCGCUCAACGAUUCGAUGUUGACUUGGAGCAAUUCCCAGUUACGAAUGCGAUUGUGAAGAAUCUGGAGCUGGAGGAGGCUGUUAAGAAGGGUCACUGGAGGGCCCAGGAUGAUACUCCUGAGGAGUUUCGCGUGAAGGAGUAA